AUCGUCUCUACCAAAAUCUCCGAUUCGUACACACACUCACUGUCCGCAUAAUCAAUCGACCAUUCACCAUUUUGUGCUAGAAAUUUAGACAAAAAGCUAUGCAGAGAUCGUGUAGAAGCCUAUCGCGAUUCCUCACAUCAAAUCGAGGGUUUUGCACAUCAACAAAAGGUGCUGAUAAUGAAAAGAUCGUAGCUUCCGUGCUGUUCGAGCGGCUUCCGGUUAUUAUUCCCAAAAUUGAUCCAGUCGUCUACGCGUUUCAAGAGUUCUCCUUUCGUUGGAGGCAACAGUUUCGUCGGGCAUAUCCUGAAGAAUUCCUUAAAAAAUCUGAUGCUAGGGGUAAGGGCGAAUACCAAAUUGAUUUUGAGCCGGCUCCAAGGAUCACUGAAGCUGACAAAACCAAUGAUAAAAAGUCAUUGAAACGAGCCCUUGACAGAAGGCUUUAUCUUCUUCUUUAUGGUGAUUCAUAUGGUACUCCCAAAGGCCAAUCCGUAUGGCACUUCCCUGAAAAAGUUUACAAGUCUGAAGAGACGUUGCGCAAGUGUGCAGAAUCUGCACUAGAAUCUGUCAUUGGAGAUUUAUCUCAUACGUACUUUGUUGGAAAUGCUCCAAUGGGCCAUAUUGCGAUGCCACCUACUGACAAGAACAAGGAUAAUGAAUCUUUCAAGAGGUUUUUCUUUAAAUCUCAAGUGAUUGCAACAAAUAAGCUGAAUAUCAAAUGCAAAGAUUUCGUGUGGGUAACCAAGGAUGAGUUGUUGGAGUACUUCCCUGAGCACAGCGAAUACUUGACGAAAAUGAUCAUCAGCUGAACCAAUUCAUUUUCAGUCCAAGAUUAGUAAACAGUCUAGCGCAGCCCAAUAACUUAGUUGAUGUUCAAAUGCAUUUGUUCGAUCUUGUUUGUGGGUUUUAAAAACGCCAAAACUUAUAUCUCCGUUUUUGAUAAAAGUGUAAUGAUUGUACCCGUUUUAGGCUGUUAUUUUAAAGCUAUACAUUCAUUUGAAUCUUAUGAUAUGAAAUCCCCAAAGAUUUCUUGACUG